CAACUCAAGGUCGCUCCACCAAGAGCUAGGAGACGACAACCUCCUCUUUCUCCUCUUACUCGUAAAUGUUGUAGAUAAGCCCCACGUAGAAGGGCAACACGCGUUAGGAAGCUGAUACAGCUUGAUACAGCUUGCAAGUGGUGAGACCACGGAUCUUUCGAUCGAGGGGGAGUGGCGUCGUGGUAGAUCCACGAAUCGGCCCCAUCCUCCCGAAUAUCGAACGCUACGUACGUCACAAGCGUGGCAGAUGACAGCAUCCGACCUAGGCAGCACGACUUUUGGGCUGGCGGAGACUGAGACCAGUUCCCAGAAUCAGCUUCGUUGGGAAUAGUACCUCAUGUGGGGUACUCGCCGUGCUGCAGUGUCACCUCUCCUGUCGAUAUACAUGCACGGACGAUACAUAUGUAUAUUGUGGAUGUGUGCGCCUACACCACAGAUGUGUGCUUCUCCGAAUAUGCCGGACUUAUCAAGUGAUGGGCACCGUACUCUCGCAAUCUAACGGAAAAAAGAGCACCUACCGUCGAGAGGUGGGUAAGAAUGUAGGACUAGCGGAGAAGUUGGGGUCAAGUGCUUGCCCUAAGGUGGGAAGGGAGGAGGCGUAGGGCCGACGGAAAUGUGGGUCAGCCCCCGAGCAGCCAUUUAGAAACCAAAAUCUCGACGAAAGCUCGGUUCUGCUUCUGGCUUGUAUUGUGGUAACGGUUUACCGCGUGGUGGGUGUAGUUCGUAUGCUGUGAACUCCAUUUCCUGUGCACGUGUUCGGUCCAGAUGUGCAGUGCUGUGAGAGUCUUGUUUGCACCACUGACGGAGAGGUGUAAACUUCUCUGUUACUGUAACCAAAACCUGGGUUUCUUUUUUGAUGUCCGCAUUUGUCAGAAAAUGAACAGGUUUUAGUCUAACUCAACGUCAGCAGAGAAGAUUUAGAAGCUGAGUAGUACACGGGCGUAUCGCCAUCUAGUUCUAAUUCCUGCCGACAAGUUUCAUAGUAGUGAUCGUGGAUUUCUGGAGAUGCCUGAUCACAAUCGAGAAGCUCACCCUCUGCAUACAUUGGGCAAAUCUGUUGGGGAAGAUGGAGUUGUGAGAUGCCCUAACUGUCCGGGUUUGACGAGGGUUACGUUUCAAGCAGAAUGUAUGUGCUGCGGCCGCGAGGUCGCGCAGUCUCAGGAUUCUGGAACAGAUGACAUAACAGACUCCGUGCAAGCCUUAUCCAUUGGGUCGGAGGUGCCAGAAACUCCCGUUCCGCUGCCUGCAUGUCGAGCUUUUGUUGGGGAAUUCAGACACCUGCUCUCGUUGCAGCCAGUUCAAGUUCAUAUACCAGAAGACAGGAGAAAUAAUGUUGCUGUACCAAGAAAUCUCAACAGCAUAUUCAAUAGAUGUGAGCUUACAAGGAGGCAACGAGUUGAAACAGUCAGCAAGUUGCAGCUUCCCUAUCGUUCUAGAAACACACUCAGGACUUUAUUCAGACAACUGCAACAUGAACGUCGGCCACCUUCGCAAAGGCGUUGGGCAAGGAAGGGCAUUUGCAUGAAAUCAUCGUUACUGCAGAGGAGUCCGAACCUGCAAACGCGUCAGGAAUAAUGUGGUCGGCAUUCGAUCUUUCAAAUUGGAAAAAGGACAUCUGGAAUGGAUCUUAUAACCUCAGCGGCGAAAUUGCAGGAGCUUAUGAUCCUAUUUUCAACUAGUCAUAACAUGUAAUUUUGUAGACCAGUUCGUUAUAUUGUGAAGCUUGAAUCCUUGUAAUUAAUUUGAUUAGAGAUUCUGUUGAUUUAGUCUUUGAUCCUUGUCUGCACUAGACGAUUGGAUCUUACAUCAGGGACAACAACCGUGGUCAUUUAUCAACCACCGGUUUCGAUGCCGAAGGCAAGUGAACCAGCGACAGCAGUAUCGAAGACAUAUUGCUGGGGAAGGGGGACUCAUCGACCCUCUCUGGUACUUCUUUUCAUCUCUAAAUUUUAGUCUAGUCUCAGAAGUAGGGAAAUAAUGGCAUGUGUUGGCAGGUUUUUUGUUCAUUGAAGGAUAAGUGAACCGCGUCAACACAAUUUAUGACAUCUUUUAAGCGCAAAAUAAAGUUGGAGUACCGUUGAUUUGAACAUGGUUUUAA